CCCUUUAGGCGUCAGGUGUUUAUUUUAUUCGAUGGCGUCGUUUCGUUUUUGUCGAUCGUAAUGGAGUCUCUUUUGAAAAACAUCAAGCAGCAAGUUACUUGCUCCAUUUGUCUGGAUACCUUCAAUGAACCUAAAAUUAUAUCGUGUUUCCACACGUUCUGCCGCGAGUGUUUGGAUAAACAUGCAAGAGUGAGCCAGAAAGAAGGAAAAUUUCGAUGCCCCGAGUGUCAGGCAGCGAUCGAUUUACCAGAAGGAAAUCGCUUCGACCGUUUGCCCAACAGCUUUUUCCAUAAAAGUUUGUUGAGUCUUCUUGCCGUUCGACAAAGUGGUGAUGCAAGUAGCAUUACUUGCUCUCAGUGCCGGAAAACCAACCCUCAGAUGUACUAUUGCUUCGAUUGCGGGCGAUUCAUGUGCCUUGAUUGUUUCAAUGCGCAUCAAUUGCUGAAAGCAUCAUUUGAUGGGCACAAAGUCACGCCAGUUAAAGACUUGAAAGAAGAAGAUUACGAAGCAGUCCUAAAGCGACAGCCGUUUUGUUCACAAGAGUUCCACGAGAGAGAAGUCACACGAUUUUUUUGCUUGGAGUGUCAAGUUUGCAUUUGCCAAAUUUGCAUAGUUACGGAUCAUCAAAACCACAAAGUUGUUCUGCUCGACAAAGCAGCUCUCGAAGAAAAGGAUAACAUCAUGUGUGGUGCUAAAUUGAUGAGGAACAAGGAAAGUGAGCUUUGUGAAGUCAUCAAGCAGUUUGAGGAAACAAUUUCGACGCUGGAAAGGAACGUUGCAACAGCUAAGCGAGAGGUCUCGCGAGUAGCCGAAGAAAUUAUCGCAGAGAUUCGAGAGCGCGAGCGAGAAGCAAUCGAGUCCCUCGUGGCAACACACGUGUCAAUACUUAAGCGGAUCAACGCGGCUAAACAGGAAGUGGAAUCCCUGAUAAAACAAAUGAAGCAAGCGGCUGAGUUUGCAGAAAAUCUGGUUCAGAAUAGGUCGAGCUCGGAUGUUAUGCAGAACAAGGAAACUUUGAAGCAGAAAUUUGAAGAGCUUCGUGGAGUUGAAGUUCCAAAACAUCAACAAACGACAUUCGUAAAAUUUUCUGUGGCACCUCGUUUGGUGGACUGGAAACUGGGUGUUAUUGAGGUCACUCCGACAGCAGAUGCAAAGCAAUCAAGACUUGAAGGACUAGAUCAAAGUUUUCAGGCUGGUGUUGAAGCGGAGUUAACCUUAUGCGCUAAAACAUCCGAAGGGGAAACGAUAAACCAGGGUGAUCUCAAAGAUCAAGUGGAAUUUCUUGUAAAACCCGCGAAAGAUGUUAAUAAUGUGUUUGUUAACAAGAGAGAGAACGGCAGUCCUCAGCUAAAGUUUACACCCAAAUUUCCCGACUCCUACAGCAUUGAAGUAAGGAUUAACGGCGAUAAACUUCCGACCUGCCCUUAUACGUUAAAUGUGAAAGAACGUGAACUUGUUAACGUGGGCGAGUUGAACUUGAAGCUCUAUCCAAGAGACAUGCUUGGACUUUUGAGUGGAAUUGCUGUUAAUAAGAAAGGUGAAUUAGCUAUGGUAGAUACCAGUAGCCACCUUGUUUAUGUAUUUGAUAAAGAUGGAAACUGUGUGAGAAAACUUGGAAGCGAAGGAAAAAAACCAGGACAAUUUAAGCAACCAAAAAGCGUGUCGUAUUUAAAUGAAAAAGAGAUUCUUGUAGCAGAUUUUGAAAAUGAUAGAAUACAACACAUCGAUUACCAAACAGGGACUUUCGUGAAAAGUUUUGGACAAAGCGGUUCAAGAAAAGGAGAGUUAAAUGGUCCAUAUGAUGUUCGUUUGGAUGAUGAAGAGCGCAUUGUUGUAACUGAUUGGGGCAAUCAUAGAAUACAGGUGAUGUCAAAAGAGGGAGAAUCUAUUUUUACAUUUGGAGACAGAGGCCCGGAGAAACUCCGCUAUCCAACCUGCUGCAUUCCUUACAAAAAAAUAUUUCUCGUAUGUGAUGGAGUCAAUCACUGCAUAAAGGCUUUUGAUCAGUCAGGAACAUUCUUAUAUAAGUUUGGCAAGAAAGGGAAUCAAGAUGGAGAACUGAGUUGGUCGAAGUAUCUGCUUGUAGACAGCUUCAAUAAUCUUUUUGUAUGUGACACUGGCAAUAACCGGGUACAGCAGUUUUCUCUAGACGGUCGCUUCACAGGCAAAAGUAUCGCUCAUUUGCCAUGCCCUUGUGGAAUUGUAGCAACACCAGAUGGACGUAUUCUCGUGGCAAGUGAGCGGGAUAAAAAAGUAUUCAUUUUGAAGUAAAUAUGUUUCAGUCCCGUCUGCUUUUACGGCAUACAGGUGGUUUAUACGAUUUAUCUUUUACCAAAACGGUGGAUUACAAUUUUACUUUUUCCCGUUUCUAUAAAAGGGAUUAAAUUUCGUAAAAAAGAUACCAAACUGUUUGCUCUUAUACAAGCUUACAAAUUGCAGAACAUUAAGGCUGCAAAACGAAAUACUUAGAGGAAUACUUGUAAGGUAUCUUUAGUUUAUCAUGUAGUCAUUUUUUUGUCUUGUUACGCAUCAUACGUUUUUCAAGAAGACAACGCCGUACUUGACAAGACUCAACAACUCAAGGAGACAAGUAAGCAGCAUAUUAAAAUGUUGUGUUGCUGAAAAGUAAAGCAUCUGUCGCGUGUUGUAGUGACAGGAGCUGCUCUCAGUCAAGGCUAAAUCUUCCUCGCAGUUAUUUCUCGGAUGUCACGAAAUCCGUGAUACUAGAGAGCUUUAGAUUUAAUUACGAGCGCGACUUCGACUACAUGUUUUGGCCGAGAGUAGAGUGGCACUAGUCUUUCGUAAUCGUCGACUGCCGUGACGAAUUUGCAACUUGCUCCACACAAGAGCGAAGCUUUUUAAGAAUCAUCAGAACACUUCACAAAUAGAUGUCAGGCCUUACUGAAUACACCUUUUUUGCAAUUCUCUGCCUAGUCUUUUGUAUUCCUAAAAAAGUUUCAUCUGGAAAGAGGAGAAUUUUGACUUACCUUUCAACUCGUAGUGCGACUACGGGAUUUCCAGAAAAACUUGUAGCUAGAGACGAGGCAGCUACGACUUUUUCAGAGUUUGCAUGACCUGUCACGUUGUGAGGCAUGCGCACCACUCCUAAGGAAGAAAUCUCGUAUACGUACUCGUACUCGUAGUCAGUUCUAAAGCCCUCUAAUGUUAGAUUACAACAACAGUGUCCCAGAUGAAAACUAGUGAUAGAUGUGAGUUAAUAAAUUUGUGCGUAUUUGACUAAGCAGCAUAUAUUAUAUCUUACUGAGAUUCCGUGAGGUCCCUUGUUCCAGUCCAACUCUUAUUAAUGGAUGUUUUUCUCAGUCGUUCCGAGUUCUACUUGUCCAUGGCUUGUAAAUAGGCAACUGUUUUCGUAUAUGGCUACUGUAAGCGGUGAUUUUGAUUAUGUUUCUGGAAGAUUAUCAGAGAGGAUUUCCUUUAUAACUAGUUAGGCUGGAUUCGUUUGGUGCCAUUGAAUUAUGUAAAGAUAAGUGACAAGUUUUUCAUUUUUAUAGUACAGCUCUUAACGUCACCAUAUUUUGUUUAUGUAACUGCUUUUGAUUGACGCGUGAAAUUUGUGCAAGGUUUUUAAUUUACUACGUUUCACAAAUUUGUAUAUAAUUUUUACAGUAUUUGCCUGGGGUUAGUGCAACUAGCUUUUCUAUCUUUUUUGAUCAUUGAUAUUUCUGUACACAAUAUAGAUCAGAAAUCCCAGUGUUUCCCCGUGUUACGGAAAUUGUGAGGGAUGUUCAGUUUAUAAGUUCAAGUGACGAGUUGUGAUUUAUUGAUUUCAAGUUUAGAUAUGGAGUCGUUCCUUUUGUAAGGGAUAUGAUGCAGUUUGUCAACUUCUGUACAUGACUUUUCCUUUGGUAUUAAACUGAUCAUAAUGAAGAGUCUUCCUUUGUUAUCUUUUUGUUU